AAAACACUUGUAACGAAAACAUUACCUAACAUCAAAACACUAGCAACGAAACCAUUACAUCGCAUUGCAUCUAAAUAGCAGAACUACUAAAGCCACAAACCAAAUGUUCCAACCCUUACAUUAGAUCAAUUUUUCAAAUCUUCCCUCAUAACAUGUAACUAAACACAAACCAAACAAAGCAACACAAUAAUACAACAUAAACUUUUACCGACAAAUUCCAAACACUUCCACCAAUACAAGAAGCAUCAACCACAUCCACUACUUCUUUAAAAUCUUCAUUAUCGAUAGAAGAAGCCUCAAGCUCAUGCACAACGUCCUUAAAAGUCACAUUAUCAAUAGUUGAAGAAUUGGCCUCAAGUUCAUCAACAAUUUCCUUAAAAUCAUCAUUAUGAAUUGUUGAAGAGUUCGCCUCAAGUUCAUCCACAAUUUCCUUCAAAGCUUCAAGUUGAAGAAACUCAACUUUAUCCUUCAAAAACUUGUUUUCUUUAAUAAGCACAUCAUUUUCACUCCUCAAAAUAUUGUUUUCACUAAUGAGAGCAUCCUUUUCACAUUUCAAUUUGUUGAUCACUUGGAUAGCUCUUGUUGAAUUUUUUUUGUCUUCCCAUACCCAGUAUCCACAAGAUAAUGCCUUCGACAAACAGAAAAUUAACGGCAAAACAAAAAAAAAAAUCAAAAUCAACCACAAAACAAAUUACACCAUGAAAAAGAAAAGACAUCUUUCUUCCAUUGCCAACGAUGUCCUUCAUACUUGUGCUCUGAGGUUGAGCACCUCAGUGGAUGAACUAGUGCAUGAAUUUGAGGCUGGAUGGGAGCCUAAAAUGGAGGGUUAUUCAAGGAAGUUAGUGGAGUUUUGCUGCUCAAAGGCUCUCACCGACGUAUGCAGUAAAUUGGAGGAGACGUUGGUCGAUGGUUCCUUUAGCCGGAUCACGUUUGAUAUGAUGCUAGCAUGGGAAAUGCCUAGUUCGGCAGAUGAAGAGACACAUUCAGAAUGCGUGGCCAAAGAAAAAGAAGAGAGGAAAGCAACUUUUAAAGUGCCUCAAGAACAAGAUGACAUUCCAUUGUUCUACUCAGAUGUCAUGCCGCUCCUUGUUGACAACAAACCAAGUGUCGGAGAGGAUGCAUUCUUGUGGCUGGGGACACUUGUACAUUUAGUAGCUGAUAUUGUAAAUGGACGAUUUACUUUUGAGACACUGACAGCAUCUACAGAAAAUCGACUUCAUUAUCCUGCUUAUGACAUGUUCCUGAAAGAGAUCGAAAAAUGUGUGAAGCAUUUGCAAACACAAGCGACCCCAGCAGGCAUGGAAAUGGCAGACAAUGAGUUUAUACUACACGUGGAAGGAACUGCAAGCUCGCAGCGAGUAGUACGCCACAUUGGAGGCACAAGUUGGCCUGGUAGGCUGACACUAACAAACUAUGCACUCUACUUCGAGGCAUCUGGAGUUCUCUCUUAUAAAGAGGCUAUUAAGCUCGAUCUUUCGAAAGACUGUGAACAGAGUGUCAAGACAGCUGCCACGGGUCCAUGGGGUGCUCCUCUGUUCGACAAAGCCAUAGUUUAUGAAUCAUCUGAAUUGCAAGAAGGGGUCAUUUUUGAAUUUCCAGAAAUGACGAGCUCAACGAGACGCGACCACUGGCUUGCUGUCGUGAAGGAAAUUAUGCUACUGCAUCGGUUUUUACGGAAGUUCAAUGUGGAAUCACCAUUGGAGUCGUGGGAAAUGCACGCGAGAACAAUAUUGGGGAUCAUUAGGCUACAUGCAGCUAGAGAAAUGCUUAGGAUAUCGCCUCCGGUUCCCAAGAAUUUCUUAAUUUUUGACUUGCUCGAUGAGUUGCCGAAGGGAGAUUACGUGCUUAAAGAGCUUGCUGAGAGUUUGAAUAAAGUCGACGCUGGACAUCCGUGUAGUGCAAGCUCGAUCUUGAAGAGACUGAAUGUCUCCCAACUGUUUGUUCCCAGUGUAGAGUUAAAAGAUAUCAAAAAAGAAAUCAAUGACAACGUAACUUCGCCAGUACUAGUCGACAACGUUUCGUCAUUGGAGAGUGCUAUUGAUCAGUCAAGGGAGGAAGCGAAGGAAAUCCAAAUGGCUAAAGCUACGGUUGAGGAGCUGAAAGACGAAGGAAUCGGCAAUAGCGUCCAGGUUCUUAUGGGUCUGCUUAAACCUCUGAAAAAGUUAGUUCCCCAUGUUCAAGAGGCUUUUACAUGGGAAAAGCCAUUAUCCAGUACCAUUCUUGUGGUGACGACAAUGGUAGUUAUUUACAACGAGUGGGUCGGUAAGGCAAUAGCGGCUCUCUUAUUGGGAAUUGUUGGUACAAUGAUAUGGGCUAGACGGAGAAGGAUACCGGAUAAGGUCCACAGAAUAGUCGUCUACACCGGAUCCGAUCAGACAACAAUGGAAAGCAUAGUGUCGGCUCAACAGGGGUUGAGAAGUGUCUAUGACUUGAUCCAAACGAUGAAUAUAAUUAUACUAAAGAUUUGGUCAGUAUUGGUUUCAAAAGCUCCAAAGCAUGCAGAUAUGGUAAUGAUAGCUUUGGUCGUCGCGGCGGUGAUUUUAGUGGUGGCCCCUUUUAAGUUCAUCCUCAUGGCAUUGGCGUCAUAUGGCUUUGUGGCAGCAUCAAAGAUAGGGAAAAGCAAGCAAAAUGAGAAAGGAAAUAGGAGAUUACAAGAGUGGUGGGAUUCUAUCCCAGUUGUUCCUGUUGAUAUUGUGGACAAAAUCGAUCCCGACUCGUAAUUUUUAGAUGCCACUAUGAUCUUGGUUUGCCACUUUGCUACAUUAAGUUGGUCAAUUUCAAGAGACAAGUUUGUCUAGGUUCGUCUCUGCCCGCGUUUUAAUUUAUUCGCUAGUGUUCCUUUCUAUCUCUUGACAAACUGUGUUCAAUGUGUGUUAUGGGCUUAUGGCAAGGUAAAUGAAGAUGCUUCACUACUAGAAAGGAAUAAUUUACCUAUUAUGUCAUAUAGGAGUAUAGUUAGAUGAUUGCAUGUAUACAUGUCUUAUACUUUCGUCGUUUGUAACACGAGUGUGUAUGUAUUAUUACAUAGUUUUUCUGGAAUAAGAGUUGGAUGAAGUUCAUAGA